CUUCCUGGAUUUCUCGACACACGCUACGAAGCCUCAGCACAGUACAUCUUAUCACUAGUUUUUGAUUUGCAAAGUUGUUCAGGCGACAUGCCAAAGACCAGACAGAGCGCAGAAACAGCGGCCACUACAAAGACACCGAAGCAGGUGCUGAAGAGCCGCGCAGCAAAACCGAGAGCGUCGAAGAAAGAUGCAGAUAGUGACUUCGCAGAGAAAGAGGAAAAACUUGAGAGGAAGGUCAAGCCCAAGCCGCGUUCGUCUUUAAAGCGAGCGGCAGGGAAAACCUCGUCUUCCAAACCCACCUCCAGCGCCGCCGUCAAAACUACUAAAUGCUUCCAGUCGCCGGUGAAGGAGGAGGAGGACAGCGAGGAUGCUGGGAGGAGAGUGGUAGUGUUGCCUCACCUGAUUAUACCUAAACCACCAAUACACUUCCACCCCCCAUUCGAGUUCAAGCCCGAGAAAUUGGUGACCAUGGACGAUUGUAUUGUUCAGGGUCCCAGCGGGAUGAAGACAGUCUCCCAGCAGGACGCACGGAUGACCAGAGCCGCAGUCACGUCUGCAGCCGGGACAGAUUCCUGAGGGAACGUGGAAUGAAAAUGAGACGGGAAUCACAUCAAACGCACUUCUAGUCAGUAAAGUUAGACGAACUUUAGUUAAAUGUUAAUGUGCCAGUUCCAGGAAAACAAACAGUAUAUUCACAAUACCUUCAUAGCGGUACAGAAUGUAACAUUUGGACAAGAGCAGAAUUUAAUCACCUCCUAAAGACAGAAAAAUUGCAGUUGUACCAUGAUGUGACCUGCUGUAUAUUCACUCCUCAAGUGACAUAGAGUAGCAACAGAUAGAGACUUAACUCUGCUCCAGAUGACCAGAGAUGAGCAUUUCUGCUGCUUUUUUUCACAUCAGUGAUUUGUCCUCGCUCACCAGUUGAUUUGAACAGACCCACGGCCUCUUGUCCCUGUUGUCAGCAUCAUAAAUCAUAUUCUUCUCCUGUUUUUGUCUGAAUAUUACUUCUUCUCAACACAUUAUUCCAGACACGAUGAUUCUGUGGAUUAAAAUAAAUAUAGAACAAGAAAAAAUCCAUUUCAAACCUUCUCAUAUGUUAGAUUUUCACACUUUUGUUAAGUAAAAAUAACAUAACAGGUGAUUUUUGUGUGUACAAUAUUGGAAUUAAAUCAUACAUGUUGAUGUGGACACCAUAUUACAUAGUUUUGAACCUCCCACAUUCAGGACAGCCACUGGUUUCUAUCAGACAGAGGUUAUAAGUGGCUCACACAUAUUACAGGUGAGAAUUCACAGCAAUAUGGUGUAACUAUUAACCUGAAAUGUGCUGAAUAAAUCCAUCACAUUUUAUUAA